GUUAGAUAGCCCUUGCAUCCAAAUUCUCAGCAUGGAUGGAAGCUCUACGGCCGAUGGCCUCAAGGCAAGAGCUGGGUACCAGGCCUCUAGCCAGUUGGCCAACAUCGUGCGGCAGGUCGGUGAAGUGACUGCUGAGCGCGAGAGGAGGGCCAAGACUCGCGAGGACGCAAUGCAAGCACUCUACCAAGCACAGCUUGCGCUGGAUGAAAAAGAGAAGCAGAUGCAGGCAUGCAAGACAAAGUAUGAGAACUUGAUAAAGGAUCUGAAGGAGAAGCAGAGUAGACGAGACGAGUUGCGAGACCAGAAUGAGGAAGCGAAAAGGCAAAUGAAGUCUUUCGUGGCAAGUGUCAAGGAGACCUGCCGAAAGACCACGUUUUUAGCCGAGGACGUUAAAGCAAAAGUUCAUUCCGCUGAGCGUGCUGCUCAACGCGGUUGGUCUUGCAGGCAGACUGGAACCAGUCUGAUGACUCCCAGAGGAAUCACCCCGCGAGCACGCCAAGGCUGAGCUUUGCUGCUUGCCAAACGGCGGGGCAGCGUCCAACCUGCCAAGCAGAUGGACCCGAUGUCAUAGCGAAGAAAA